GCCAAUCAGAUGUUGUUAAUCUGCGGCCCGCCUGGACGCGGGCGGUGAGGUGACCUAAUACGGCUACAGCCCAGCCUCUGAAUCGCCUGGCACGUCUGGGGCAGAAAGACUAAGAGCAGCUUUGUCCAAGAGUCAAAAUCUGUUAAACCUCCAGUCAAUCUCCUUGAACGUUGACGUGACCAAGUUUACGGCGCUUUGGAUUGCAUCGUCUACUUUUACACUUUACCAUUUUUGUUUCUUUGUUUACCUACUAUCGCCUUCGUUGCAUCGGCCACGAUUGGGCAAACACGCCUGCGUUGGGAAGAUUACGUUCGCGCUUCUCCUCAGCAUAGCCAAGCACUCACAUUUACGGCAUACACGCUUACCGACGGCGCAUAACCUACGAAAGAAUACUAUUAUACUCCAUCAAACAUGGCUACGAGCGGUGCCGCGGUGCCUUCAGGCUCAGGUGCCGACCGACGAUCUCCUGCUCCUGCAUCCCAGUCCAAGAGGGAUCGCAAGCGUCAAGCUCUAAUGGAGCGCCUCACAAUGAUGAGUGACAAGCUGAAGCAGGAGCAGGAUCUCACCUACCGUGAUCAGCUGCAAAAGAUUCAAUUUGAACUCAAUCUUGUUCAACGCUUCGACCCAUACGACCCGAGCGCUCUGGACAUCGCCGCCGACUUGCGCACUGAACACGAGAAAGUCCUCGGCCCACUUGUCAACGCGGAUAAUGCUAGAAGUAUGAUUGAUAUGGCUGGAAUUCGGUUCCCCGAGUUUUUGGACGAUCUUGAGGAUUUGAUUGAACUCCGUGACUUCCAGCUUGCACAGUCAAAGAACGAAUACGAGCGAAAAGUGCAGGAAUACAAGAACACGCACGCAUAUAAAGUCGAAACUGCUAGACGGGAACACCGAGCCCUGACCAACACGCUGCGCGAUCGAUUGAUCAACACCCUUACGAACAAGAAGAACCGCCUUAAUAGGGAGAAGGAAGUCCUAGAAAUCAACGACUCUAAUGCGUUGCUUCUGAACCCGAACCAAUUUAGUCUCACGAACCCUGGCAGCCCUGGAGGUGCUCAUGGCAAGCGUGCUACUCGCUUACGCAAGGACGCGGAAGAGCUUUCCAUGUUUCCUGACGGCAAGAAGCGCAAGCGCAACACUGGCGAAGAUGAGUCCUCAUCUGCUCAAUCAAAGCGUGGCCUCGAUCCCAACAGCACGACGCCGCUAUGGCAGUCCGAGAAAGCCCGUACGGCGGCCAAGCAGAAUGGCCCUAUCUACACAAUCGACAAGCUCUUCACUGACAAGGAGUUGUCGCUGCACUACAACACAGCCGCUUUGGCAGCCCAUAGAUUCAUUCUGCGGAACAAAGCUAAUGGCACAGCGGUGCUCCCCGAGGACAGCGAUUCCAACAAUGGCGACGAGGGUGAUUCGGAAUCCGUGCCGUCGGCCCCAGCCAUGGAGCGCAACGCUUCGCAUGCGACACGAAGCACACGCGGUAUCCCAACACAGAACCUUGUAGAGGACAAGAUCCUUGGCAUUGAAGGUAUUGCGAACUUUGAGCUGCCGGCAAACCUCGACAUGAUCCACGCCCAGGAGCCACCCAAAAUGCCGCCACCUGUCCCUCAGCAGUAUCUGAAGCCAUACCCCCGUACAGCCGACCAGAACUUCCCCGUUGCUCUAUCUCAGGACGAUAUCGUCUCCGAUCUGUCUGUUAUUGGUUUCUUCAAGCAGUAUGACCAGACGCACAAGCCAGGCGCGCACCUGGAUGCCCCCAGCGGUCUCCGCAAAGUUCUUGAGGCUGUUGCGGUGCCGUACCACCAAAGCAAAUACGUUGCCUUUACCGGUGCUCCUCGUGACGACCCCGAGAAUGUGGCCGACGCUCUGGGUCUCCCAACUACAAGCAAUCUAAGAGAUGAGGUCACCCCUCCUCGCUCCGGCCCCGGCGGUGCAUCGUACUCUUCUGCAUCAGUGCCCAUGAGCCGCCAGAGCAGCACAGGUGGUAGACAGGGAGCAGCAGGCGGCUCUCGAGCCAAGGGCCGCCGAGGAUGAAACAACAUUUGUACAAAAGAGAUAUAAUUUUCUUGUAUUUGGCGACCUCUGCUGCGUCGUACCUGACGGAACGCUGCGCUGGUUACUUCACGUAUCAGGCAGGGAUGGCUUUUUCUCUUUCCUUUGAUUUUGGAGGUUUCUACUGCAUCUUGGGAUGGACCAGGUGUUUAUGUUUUUUUUCUGAUGAUAUGGCUACGUCUUGCAUUUACCCCUCGGAACCUCAUCUCCUGUAUGCAAAGCCUUCGAGGUCUCGAGUUUGUAUUUCUUACCCUAUGCGAGGGGGCUUUCGAACCGAUGAAUAUGCUGAUUCUCGAAUGCGUACCCCCCGCCCGGUUUACUAGCCUUUCUUCGUUGAUGUUGUUAUUUGGGAAACCGGUCUUUUGGUCUUUGUUUUACCGCCUGUUUCAUUUUAUAUUUCCUUGCGUCUCAUAACGAACGAAAAAGAAACCAUGGCUCUUUAUAGACGAGUUUCACUCUUACUUGAAUUGAAUUUAACACACAUUGUGUUCUUUGCUCUGAACGACGGCCUUUUGGACAAUUUCUUGAUUUAUUAUAUCAUUACAUCGUUACCAAUUACAUCUAAUCACAUUCUUAUUUAGUCGCUGAUCAAGGGCCAAAUACCAAGGCGCGGACCUCAAUACUCUCGCGGCCUUCAGCAUCAGCAGGGCUGCGCGGGUCAACAAAGGCCGUGUGAGGAGCACGUCCACCAAUCUUGGAGCCUUCCUUGAGGGACUCGCUAUCGAAGCAUUCGAGGAACAGGCGCUCGCUGCCAGUCAUACCGCUAAUGUAGUGCCACCUCUGCGUGCUGUUGUGCUUGAUGCCAGCUGUCUCUCCAACGUAGCCUGUCUUCUGAUAGCGAUGCUCGAUGGGCACAACGUCCUGAUCCAGGAGGGAGGAAGUUGAAGCGAAGGAUAGCGGGUUGCUUUCAACCGGCUUCUUGUUCAGCGGACGCCAGACAUUGACAAUGCGGUAGCGCCCUUGGAGAAGCUUCUCAGCCUCAUCAGGGAAAUAACGCUGGACACGCUUCGCAACAGAUUUUGCCGUUUGGUCAAUAUGCACCUGGUUGACUGGCUGACGGGGAGCAUCAGGUCUAGAGCGGCGGAUAGUGUGGUCGAAGAUGUAGACACGGUUGGUGCCAGGGAUGUUGUCCAAGAGCAGCUUCUCUACCUCGGGGUAGUAGUUUGUCUUGAUGGACUCUUCGUCAACGAAUUCCUUUUCAACAGACUCUGGAACAUUAAGAAGCACCUGGAAUGCGUCCCUGUCGAGCGAAUACUCCGUCUCGUGGCCGCGGAUGUCGUGGAUGGUGGCGUUAUGUGAGACGCUGCCGUAGUUUCGCGGGGGCUGGCCAGGGUUUGGGUCGACAUUGUUGUAGGGCUUGGAGUUGUCCUCUGGGGGGCUGUAGAAAUUCAGAGUGGCUAUAACAUCACCACGAGGAGGGAGGACUGCGGCAGUCAUUGUUGCGCUGGUGAUGUAUUGGCUUUUGGUGGAAAGAUGGUGUAUACGUGGGUGGUGGCUGUAAAGGGCGGCGUUUGUGGAGGGUGUAAGCAGUUACCGAUAUAUUUGGGAGCAGGGCUGGGUAGUGUUGUUGAGAAUGAGAAUGAAGUCAAAAUAAAUGUAUUUAAACUUAUCUAUUACAUUGAUAGGUAAAACUGAGCAAGCUGUAGGCGGGAAACUUGAAGCUAUUUAUAUAGCCGAUACGGGAGGGGAACCGGCGGCGGGCGGAGGGAGAUUUGAAAUCAAGGACUACUGAAGCUGGUUGCGCCAUCGACAGGUUAAGUGGCCUAUGCGCCGUGGACUUGGCUAUUAUGACGCUAUCCCGUGAAUUAGAGUGCAGACUACGGCCUGAAAAUGGUGGGUGGGACGGAGAAUAGAGCACGGCAAGUUCGAUUUGUAAGGAGCUCGUGCAUUAGUAAAAGAUGCUGCAGCUACAAUCGCGG